AUGGAGAACAAAAUGAUGGGUUUUGCAGUAUUGGCAUUUGGGUUGAUGUUUUUGGUCCUAAAUGCAAGUGGGAGACCUUCAGAUGACAUAUCAUGCAAGGAUGCUGUGACGGCUUUAUUGCCGUGCCAAUCGUUUUUGGUUGGUUCUGCCCCACCGCCGCCCACUGCUGCAUGUUGCGUAGGUGCACAGAAUGUUCUAAAACAAGCUGCCACCAGUGAAGUACGCAAGGCUCUGUGUGAGUGUUUCAAAAAGGUUGGAAAAGAGAUGGGUGUUAAACCUGAGAGAGCUAAACAGAUUCCCAAUCUCUGCAAGUUCAACGUUCCUGUACCCAUAGACCUCAAUGUAGACUGCAGCAAGUAA